GUCGCAUCGAUUUAAAACCCCGCUGGCAACGUGCACCAUUGCAUCAAUAUGCACGUGAUCGUUUUGAAGUACAUGCAGGUCCUGUGCAUUACCAUCUUCUUCUCGAACAACAUCAACUGCGACAAGCUGCUGCUCCACAAUGAGCGGGAAGACCAGGACCUGUACCGCAUCGGUGCGUGUACGGCCGCGUGCAUGGCCGGCACGGAAGUGGGUGUUUCAGGCGAAUCGAACGAAACCCUGCCGCCACUCAGUACGGAGCAGCUCAAGACCAUUGGACAUUGCUACAAGCUGUGCUCGGAAGACACACGCCCACUGUCCGCCUGGAUACCGCUGGUCCAACGGCAGGACCCAUCGUUACGCAUCAAUCUCAUCUGCCGCGAUAGCACCAACCUGAUCAUAGAGAUCAAACCGGAACGCAAUGGCCACAGCGUGCCGGGCGUGGUUGAGGACGAUGGUGAAGUGGUCGAGGCCACCACAGCUAUGAUGAAGCUUAGCCCACCCGGGGGAAAUCAGAACCAAUUAAGUGCACUUCACGAUGCGGCUGUCGAAUCCCGGGAAUCGGUACCGUCCCGUACCAGGCGUGCUAUCGGUGCCGAUGGACCAUCCGGCUUGUUGCAGAAGGGUGGUGGUUCUGUCGCUACGCGGGCAAACUUACUGCAGAACCCGGACCAGUCGGUUUCGGGUGAACGGUUUACGAAAAUCGAUGGGCCCGCACGGAACACGGCAUCGGCAGCGCACGGUGACCUCGGUGAUGUCGCGGUCAAGGUUCAGCAGGAUCGCGCCAACUAUCAACCAUCGUCGAAACGUGUCCGCCCAUUGCCUAUCUAUCUGGUGAAGGUGCAGGAUAGUGAGGAGGAACUCGGCGACCGAAUCGUCUAUAUGAGCAAUGCGUCGUUGGUAAAGAUUGAGAAUCUUGUCCCCAACAAGCGGUACAAUGUGACGGCCACAAUGCUAACGUCGGCGUUUGAGUAUUACUACGUCGAGAAACAUCAAUUUCGAACGUUACCGUUGGACUAUAUGCCGGGAACAAUAACGGAGAUCACGGUGGAGCGGUUUGAGCCGAAUGUACGGGACAGCCGGUACGUCGAUGCACUCAUCUCGUGGAAUCCAGCAAAAGAUAAGACAUGCCAUUAUGAGAUCGUGUGCCAUGCAAGCCAUUCGCCAGACUUUCAACUCAAACCAAUCGAUGUCCAACAGCCUGAAGUCCUCUACAAGUACACCAUCAAAUCGUUGAAGCUGAGCGCCAACUAUAUGGUAGCGGUUCGGUCAAAAAAUACCCAAAAUGCAAUGAAAGAAAGCAAGCUACAUUGGCACUCGUUCCAUACGCCUAGCUGUGCCAACUUAAUGAACGGAACACAAGUGUGUGCACCGGAACCAAUUAAAAAUGUACGAGUUACACAGUUACCUUUGUACGGGGACAGCUAUCAGCUCAACAUUAGCUGGGAUCGUCCCGCAAUCGCACCCGAUGCGUACGUUGUAAAAGUGUUUGAUCUGCACGAUUCCGAGACAGAGGAACCGGCCAAUUCGAUGACAAGAAAUCUUACAGGGGAUGCGGUUGGAUUGUUGAUCGAUUCAUUCGACAUGUUUGGACCUCAUUUUGAGGUAUUCAUCUCUGCAUACUCUAGAGUUGGUGUAUCAUCGGAAAGUACGAUCAAAACGCUUCAAAUUGGACGAAUUAGCUCAGCAGAAUCAUGGAUACGGACCAAGUUAGUUUUUAUCAUUCUGGCCCCGGUGCUGAUGAUAGGACUGUUGAAAAUCUCCAUUUCCCUCAUUUGUCGCCGAAGGGCCAAGUUGAAACGGUACGAAGUGCGGUGCGAAUACUUUAAGGAACUGGAGCAGAAGGCUCCGGUCGAUCCGAGCACAGAGUUUGAGUCAACGUCAAAGCAGAUGCAGGACCUACUCGCCUCCAGCCACCCGUUCUCUGCCGAUUUGAUAGCGCCCAUUAAUGACGAACUGGAGAUAGAUAUGGAACACAUCAAGCUGCACGAUAUGUUGGGCGAAGGUGCAUUUGGUUUGGUACGCCGGGGGAUGCUACAGCGGGAGACCGAAGGUGAUGGAGCGACACCGAAACCGGUGGCGGUAAAAAUGCUAAAAGAGUGUCCUCGCGUCGAAGACAUUAUCGAAUUUAGGCGAGAAAUGGAGGUAAUGAAGUCGGUCGGUACUCAUCCCCACAUAGUCAGCAUCGUUGGCCACUGUACGAAGAAUGUGCGCAAAAUGAUGCUCCUCACGGAGUACUGUGGCCGGGGUAAUUUGCUUAACUAUUUGCGCCUCCAGUGGCAACGGCUGUUGAAGCAAAACCAGACUACACUGCCGCUUGGAAGUGGCAUGACUUCUCCAUCGAUGGUGCCCGAUUCGUUGGAUGGAGCUGCAUUGUCCGGAGGUAUGGCGGCAGAGCACGAAUGCUUGACACCGUCGCUGGCCAAUAACAAGAUGCCGGAAAACGUGUUCAACUUUGACACUUCGUUCGUGAACGAUAAGAAAUCUUUAACGUACAAAAACCUCUCCUCGGACCAUCGGCAAACACUGUUGGCUGGGUUUUCUACCAGCGACGGUUGCCAGCGAUCACCGCAAAUAAUCGAAAAUAAGCUUUAUCCACUGUUUAACGAAGAUAGCGGAGGCGAUGAAACGGCGCAACUAACGUCCAAAUCGAACUUUUGUACAAGUUCGUGCAAGAACGCGGUUGAAAUCAUCGAUGGACAGCGACGUGGUUCGAUGGGAAAGGACUGUGAGGGGAGCGUUAAAAGCAACGUGCGAAUAAAACCGUGCAGCUGCCAUGGUUCGGCCCUCGAUUCGACCCUCACGCACAAUACCGUCGAGAAUCGAUGCUAUCAAAGUUGUGCACCGUCCGAGGACGGUUUCAAGGAAGAUGACCCACCACCAAACAGUGGCCAGUUGUUAGAAUUUUGCCGCCAGAUUGCGCUCGGAAUGGAAUUUCUCGCCCGCAAUAAGGUGGUGCAUCGGGAUUUGGCCGCACGGAACGUGUUGGUUUGUGAUAACAAUACGGUGAAAAUAGCAGACUUUGGACUGAGCCGUGACAUCUACCAGGAAAAUCUGUACCGCAAAACCAGCAACGGCAAGCUGCCCAUCAAGUGGCUUGCACUAGAAUCGAUGACCCAUCAAGUCUACACUUCGCAGAGUGAUGUGUGGUCGUUCGGAAUUUUGCUGUACGAAAUAUGCACCCUCGGUGGUAGUCCGUAUCCUUCGAUUUCCACCAACAAGCUGCUUCGAUACCUGGAAAGUGGAUACCGAAUGGAACGGCCAAACAGCUGUAACGAGCUACUUUACGAUUUAAUGUAUUCCUGCUGGAAUGUACAUCCCGGAGAGCGACCAACGUUUAGCAAAAUCGUGCACACGGUCGAAUCGUUACAGGAAAAGGAUGCGGUCAACGAGCCAAUCAUUAUCGAUUUGAAUGCAAUUGUUGAAAGCCAUUGUACAAAAAGUGCUACGGAAGAAAAUUCAUACUUAAAACCGGUUGAGUAUUAG